AUGAGAAACGGGUGGGGUGCGAGUAUGACGGAGAGGCAAGAGAAACGAGCGUCGACGCAGAGUGGACAGCUGGCUGGUGAGCCUCACCGAGGCAUAAGAGAGAUGGCCGACUGGCCGGAGGGUGCGAGACAGUCGAUGGCGGCCAUCCGAAGCGGUCUGCUCGAGGUCCUCGCUCAUGGAGAAUGGCAUCGAGUUCAUGCUAUGCUCGAUCCGACAGCAAUCACUCUACAGGUGAUUGACACAGAUCAAAAUCAAGAGUUGGACGCUGAAAAAAGGACAGUACGUGUUGUAAAAUAUGACGGAAAUGGCCUGGGAAUCAGCAUCAAAGGGGGACGAGACAACAACAUGCCCAUCAUUAUCAGCAAAAUCUUCAAAGGAAUGGCCGCGGAUGCCACAGGAGAGCUAUUUGUCGGCGACACAAUCCUCGCCGUUAAUGGCGAAUCGCUUAUCGAUGCCACACAUGAUGAUGCUGUGCGAGCGCUGAAGAGAGCUGGACGAGUGGUCGACCUUUACGUGCAAUACAAACGAGACGAAGGAGUGCGACGGACAAACGUGUGGAGAGAUCGAAUGGACGGACUGACCGCGUGA